AUGGGGAACAAUCAUGUGGGUGGAAGAAUGGUGAAGGAAGAAACAACACCCGGCAACCACCCUCACAACUCCGACAACCACCCUCACAACUCCGACAACCACCCUCACAACUCCGACAACCACCCUCACAACCCCGACAACCACCCUCACAACUCCGACAACCACCCUCACAACCCCGACAACCACCCUCACAACCCUGACAACCACCCUCACAACCCUGACAACCACCAUCACAACCCCGACAACCACCAUCACAACCCUGACAACCACCAUCACAACCCCGACAACCACCCUCACAACCCCGACAACCACCCUCACAACCCCGACAACCACCCUCAUAACCCUGACAACCACCAUCACAACCCCGACAACCACCAUCACAACCCUGACAACCACCAUCACAACUCCGACAACCACCCUCACAACCCCGACAACCACCCUCACAACCCCGACAACCACCAUCGCAAUCUCGACAACCACCAUCACAUCCCUGACAACCACCCUCACAACCCCGACAACCAUCCUCACAACCCCGACAACCACCAUCACAACCCCGACAACCACCAUCACAACCCUGACAACCACCAUCACAACCCCGACAACCACCAUCACAACCCUGACAACCACCCUCACAACCCCGACAACCACCCUCACAACCCCGACAACCACCCUCACAACCCCGACAACCACUAUCACAACCCCGACAACCACCAUCACAACCCCGACAACCACUAUCACAACCUCGACAACCACUCUCACAACCCCGACAACCACCAUCACAACCCCGACAACCACCCUCACAACCCCGACAACCACCCUCACAACCCCGACAACCACUAUCACAACCCCGACAACCACCCUCACAACCCCGACAACCACCCUCACAACCCUGACAACCACCAUCACAACCCCGACAACCACCAUCACAACCCUGACAACCACCAUCACAACCCCGACAACCACUAUCACAACCACGACAACACCAUCACAACAAACCGCCAUGAGGACGCUCCACCCUCAGCCCGCGGGGACCUCACGAGGGCUCAAGAGGAUGAGCGCGAUGGCCUCUACUUUGAAAUUUUCCCACCAGCCCAGCAGCCGCCCAUCAGCCGCCAGCACACCGCGCCGCCCCCCGGGGAAGCCUAG